AAAGAAGAUAUAAUAAUAUCAUACAUGCACUUGCCAUUUCUUAUUUUACUGUCUCUAUAUAUAAUCACGCAUACAUUCUCACUCUCACAAAGACAGAGACGCGCAUAUACAUACACAUAUACACUCUCUCAUUCAUCUCUCGAUUGUAGUCAUAUUUUUUCUUUUUCUUGUUUCUUCGAGAUCCCAAGAAAUGGAUGUGAACAGCGUAGACGAGAGUACCACGAGCACUGAAACCGUUUGCACUCCGCCGGCGACAAGAUCUCCGGCGAGAAAGUCGCCGGAGAGGUUUUGCCGGGUGGGAAGCGGAUUGAGUGUCGUUUUGGAUUCGGAAAACGGCGUGGAGUUCGAGUCGAGGAAGCUGCCGUCGUCCAAGUACAAAGGCGUGGUGCCGCAGCCAAACGGCAGGUGGGGCGCUCAGAUUUACGAGAAACAUCAGCGCGUGUGGCUCGGCACCUUCAGCGAGGAAGACGAGGCGGCGCGUGCGUACGACGUGGCCGCGCAGCGAUUCCGCGGUCGCGACGCAAUCACGAAUUUCAAAAACGCGCGUUUGGACGACGCCGAGGUCGAGUUCCUGAACGCGCACUCCAAGUCCGAGAUCGUCGAUAUGCUGCGUAAGCACACGUACAACGAGGAGCUCGAGCAAAACAAACGGCGCUUAAGAUCCCGUUACGGUAACGACGAACGGAACGAAAACGUGAAAACGAGGAGCGGUGACGGAAACGACGGCGUUUCGGGGAAGGAGUUCAGGCCAGCAGAGGCUCUGUUCGAGAAAACGGUAACGCCGAGCGACGUAGGGAAGCUGAACCGUUUGGUGAUACCGAAACACCAAGCGGAGAAGCAUUUUCCGUUACCGUCAUGUAACGUCUCCGCCAAGGGCGUGCUGUUGAAUUUCGAGGAUAUAACGGGGAAGGUGUGGCGGUUCCGUUACUCGUACUGGAACAGUAGUCAAAGCUACGUGUUGACCAAAGGAUGGAGCCGGUUCGUUAAGGAGAAGAGACUCAGGGCGGGUGACGUGGUCGGUUUCAGCAGAUCCAACGGUCAUGAUCAACAGCUGUACAUAGGAUGGAAGGCGAUAUCCGGAUCCGGGUCGGAUAAGGAACCGGGUCGGGUGGUGAGGCUAUUCGGAGUCAACAUAUCAAAGGGAGACUGCUUAAACGACGCCGUAGCGAACGGCGGUGGUGACAAGAGAGUGAGGGAAGCGGAAGAGAUGAUUUCGUUGGGUUGCAGCAAGAGACAACGCAUCCUCGUUGCCUCCUAACGACUCUCUUUUGUUCUUUUUAUUUUUUUUAUUUUAAUAUCUUCUCGCUUUUAUUUUAUUUUCCUUUUUUUUUUGUUUCAUAAGUUCUUACAUUUACUUGUUGGGUUUAGGAAUUAAAUUGUACAUUUACUUAUAAGCAAAAAAAAAAAAUUAGGUGAUCAAACGAAGCUUCAACAACAUGAAACCAUGAAAUCAAAGUUAAUUUUAAGAUUU